AAAAUAAAAUAAAAAAAACAAAAAAACCAAAAAAAUUCCAAUGUUAGAGGAACCAGUGUGAAACACAUUUAAGUUUCGUUCGUUUUUAUGUUUCUGUUAUCUUGAUUCAUUCAUUGAUUGAUUCAUCCAUGGCGUCUUUUCAUUGCAGUCGACGUCUUUUCUCGAUCUCUUCCUUUAAAUCAGCUUUCAGAGUCAGACCCACCACCACCACAAACCAUUCUCCUCACCGUCAAUUCUCACCCCUUUUCAUCAGAACCAAUGUAUACCAGCUAGGAAGUGUGCAAUCACUUUUGCCUCUACAUAGUACAGUGGCCAGUUCUAGAAUGGUAUCAUAUCUUAGCAUUGAUUCAAGGAAUUGUCAAGCUGUUUCACAGGUUACCCUAUCUUGCAACCAUCCUGGACCCUAGCUUUUCUUUCUAUCAAUUCUUGUCUAUUUCCUUGUAAAAUCUCAGAGGAAAAUUAGAUUUUUUUUUUUUGUUCAUGAGGUUUUCACAACUCCAAUAACAUGUACAUGUCAUUGGAAGAGAAAACAAACAAUGAUGUUGAUUUAGGGAUCAGUUGUGUGUGAAGUUUGUGUAUUAGUAUAAUGAGUUUAGCCUCAAUUCUAUUUAUUUACUUACUACUUCAUAAACCAUAUGCUCAAAUAGAUUGAUUUUACUUUGGACAUCCUCAUUUUGAAUCUUUCAUCUUAUGUAUUCCCUUUAAUGUAUUGGUGUCUUAAUUAUUCAACUAGACAUUGUCACCUCAAUGUAGAAGCUUCAUUCUCAAGUUGAGUGAACUAAUGUGUAUUUUUGAACUGAAAUUUAAUUCCACAAUGCU